CCAUUAUUUGCUUCCUUUACACAACUAUAUAAUUGUUUUCCUCGUUUCAUGAGUUUCAUAAACUUAUUCACUUAAACACACACCAAACACUAUAAUACUCACAUUAUAGUUUGUUGUCUCAUUUCUUGCUUCAAUGCCAUCCAUAAAACACUUUACUAUGAAUAUAGGUCUAUUGCUAUUGGUUUUAGGUUUGUGGUGUACUAGAGAGGUUGAAGCUGAUCCUCAAGUACCUUGUUACUUCAUAUUUGGUGACUCUUUGGUGGAUGAUGGAAACAAUAAUAACCUCAAUUCUUUGGCAAAAGCUAAUUAUCUUCCUUAUGGGAUUGACUUUGAAGGAGGUCCAACAGGAAGGUUCUCCAAUGGAAAAACCACUGUUGAUGUUAUUGCUGAGCUCUUGGGAUUUGAUGGAUACAUAUCUCCCUAUUCAACUGCCAGAGACCAAGAAAUUCUCAAAGGAGUCAAUUAUGCUUCUGCAGCUGCUGGAAUUAGAGAAGAAACUGGACAACAACUGGGAGAUCGAAUUAGUUUUAGUGGGCAAGUACAAAAUUACCAAAAGACAGUGUCUCAAGUGGUGAAUUUGCUUGGAGAUGAGGACACAGCUGCAAAUUAUCUUAGCAAGUGCAUUUAUUCAAUUGGAUUGGGCAGUAACGAUUAUCUUAAUAACUAUUUCAUGCCUGCUUACCCUAGUGGGAGACAGUUCACACCUCAACAAUAUGCUGAUGUUCUUAUUCAAGCAUAUGCUCAACAACUUAGGAUUUUGUACAAUUAUGGAGCAAGGAAAAUGGCUUUAUUUGGAGUUGGACAAAUAGGUUGCAGCCCUAAUGAGUUAGCCCAAAACAGCCCAGAUGGUACAACAUGUGUUGAAAGAAUCAAUUCUGCAAAUCAAUUAUUCAACAAUGGAUUAAAAUCUCUUGUUAAUCAACUCAACAAUGAACUUAAUGAUGCAAGAUUCAUUUAUGUAAAUGUUUAUGGUAUCUUUCAAGACAUCAUAAGCAAUCCAUCAUCAUAUGGUAUAACUGUUACAAAUGCAGGAUGUUGUGGUGUAGGAAGAAACAAUGGUCAAAUUACAUGUCUGCCCUUUCAAACUCCAUGCAGUAAUAGGAAUGAGCAUCUAUUUUGGGAUGCAUUUCAUCCAACUGAAGUUGGCAAUACUGUAAUUGGUAAGAGAGCUUAUAAUGCUGAAUCUGGAUCAGAUGCUUAUCCUAUCGAUAUCAAUCGUUUGGCUCAACUAUGAGCAAGGUAUCAAUGAUUAUGAUGAAGAGAAUGGUGGCGUAAGUGAGAGAUUUAAAGAGUGUGAUGCAAGUGAUGGGAAAUAUUAUGUGUUGAACUUUAAGAGGACAAUAUCUGUAAUGAAGAGGGUGACAAAGUUGACAGUGAGUUCGAUAAACUUAAAUGAGUUAGAUGAUGUUGUUUUAGACUUGUAUUAAAAAUAAAACUUAAAGAAAAUCUAUAUUUUGUCAUUUUUCUAAAUUUAUAUUACUAAGUAUUAAACUUAUAGUAUUACGUAAUGUUAGAUAUUUUGUGUCUACUCUGUGUAUGAGUUAAUGCAUGAAGUUUUUAUUAAUACAACUUUUGUGGUAUUUCCAACUUAGGAUUGAUGAAAUCAUUAUUUGAAUUGUUUGUUUUAGGAAUAAUAUGGUAAAGAAUAUUCCUGGUAACAUAUAAAUAUAUUUA